UUGUACAUCGUGGCAUCCACACGUAUUUCAACAAUCAGAUGUUUUCUAUUUAUUUCUAUACAUGAAAUUCAAAGGCGCGCAAUUUUUAAACCAAAUUCAUUUGAGUGCUGGUUAUCAUAAAAACUAACAUGUCAAAAAAAGUGCGUAAGGUCCAAUGGAGUUCUCCUGAAUUAACGACCAAACGAAAAUGCUUGGGUACGGUGCAUCAAACCCAAAAUCUGUUCUGGCCGGAAGAUGAAGAGGAUAGUUUUUUUACAGUUUCGAAAUUGAACUCGGUGAUAAAUGAUAAAAUUUGCACUAAUAUACUUGGUGAAAAGAACAGUUCAGAUUUUACUAGCCUUGAAAGAGAUUCCAACUUAUUCUGUUCUCAAACAGCUUUGGGUGUUAAUCAGGAGCAACAAGUUUCUGGAACUCAACAAAAUAACAUUUCCCAAUUAAGCAACUUCAAUGAAGAAACUUUUUUAUCGAAAUCUGUAUUGGAUAACAUUAUGACAGGAUGUAAUAAAACUAUUCAGAAUAAGAAUUAUGAAAACGACGAUAAGAGUUUCUUAACUAUCUCUGCAGUGGAACAUUUACUUAGCGACACUCCCUUAGUGCUUUUUUCGAGCCCGAAUGAAGGUAACGAUAUAGAUAAAAAUCAAUUGAAAGAUACUGCUCCAUUGGAUGUUGAAAAUGCUUGCAAUUUCCAUCAUAAUACCGCUGAUGACGGCAUGUUUAACACCAUUAACUUACAUACUGAGCAAGAGGAUGAAAGCCAAAAACAGUUAAAGAUAGAUGACACGUUAUUUGCGAACAUAAAUAUAGAAGAAGACUUGACCAAGGAUGAUGAUAGAGAGCUAUUUACAGAAGUUAUUGCACAUGAUACGGAGAUUCAAAACUCCCAAAGAUUUCUAGAUGACCUUGCGAUAUUUAAGGUGCCACGCAUGGUACAGCCAAUAGAAAACAAAUCAAAUACCCUUCAAGAGCGUGACGGUGUUAUGCGUGGAUCGCAGUACGUGGUACACAGUGAUUUGGUAAAUACUACGGCACUCUCGAACCUUUCACGGCUGGACUGGGACUCCCAGGCAUUUUCCGAUAAGUUCGAAAAUGAUUUCCCAAGCAAAGGUGACUUCUUUGGGCUUCCAGAAAAAGUUAAGCAAAUGAUUUUCCAACAUAAGGGUAUACAAAAUUUAUAUGAAUGGCAGGAAGAAUGUUUAAAUUUGCCAGCUAUUCAUAUGCGCAAAAACUUGAUCUAUGCUCUGCCAACGAGCGGAGGUAAAACGCUUGUUGCUGAAAUAUUAAUGCUGAGGGAGGUGUUGUGCCGAGAAAAGGAUGUACUUUUUAUACUACCUUACGUCUCAAUAGUACAAGAAAAGGUCAGCGCUAUGUCUCCAUUUGCAAUAGCAAUGAAUUUUAUCGUGGAUGAAUACACCGCCGGAAAAGGAAAAUGCCCACCAAUGAAGCGGAAAAAACGUAAAAGUAUAUUUAUAGCUUCGAUAGAGAAAGGUGCUGUUUUAAUAGAUAGCUUAAUCGAGGCGCAACGGGCUGAUGAAAUAGGGUUGGUUGUGGUCGACGAAUUACAUCUAAUAGGUGAAAAGGGACGUGGCGCCAUAUUGGAGGCAUUACUUACCAAGAUUAUGUUCAUAGACGUUAAUAUCCAAAUUGUGGGCAUGAGUGCAACUAUUGGAAAUCUUACAGAAGUUUCUACCUUCUUAAAAGCAGAUAUAUAUACUCGAAGUUUUCGCCCUGUUGAGCUAAGGGAGUUUAUAAAAUGUGGCAAUGAUAUAUUGGAGAUAAAUACGGCAGGCAAAACCUUGGAGGAAGUUUUCGUUUACAGCCGUAGCGUUAAUUUUAAUUACAGCGAAUCCUUAACACGAUCCGACCCGGAUCACCUGGCUGGAUUGGUUGCAGAAUGCGCUCCCGAACAUUGUGUGCUUGUAUUUUGUCCAUCGCGAAAGAACUGCGAGAAUGUCGCUUUGCUGUUGAGCCGUAUUUUACCAAAUUGCACAACCUCUUGCAAUCCGUACAGAAAAUUUGUCCAACAUCGAAAACGUGAAAAGGAAGAUCUAAUGGAUGCAUUGGAUAAGGUGUGUGGUGUGCUUGGAGAUGUCUUAGCUAAGAGUAUACCUUAUGGCAUAGCGUACCAUCACUCUGGUCUUACUAUUGAUGAACGGAAGUUCAUUGAGACCGCAUAUCGCUUUGGAGUAUUAAGCGUAAUUUGUUGCACAUCUACUUUAGCAGCUGGUGUGAAUCUCCCUGCAAAGCGUGUCAUCAUACGUGCACCUUUUGUGGGUUCGGACUUUAUGACACUUUGCCGUUAUAAACAAAUGGUAGGACGUGCUGGACGUGCUGGCAUGGGUGAAGCCGGUGAAAGUUUUCUUAUUACAACUAGUCAAAACAAUGUACGUGUUGGCGAAAUGCUUUUCUCACCAAUGGACAAAGCCAUAACUUCUUUAGAUCACGAAAAUUGUAUCGGUUUACAGGGUUUGGUUUUAAGUGCGAUUGGUUUGGAAAUUGCUACAUGCCGUUCUGAUUUGUAUCGACUUGUGGGUAGCACUUUGCUUUCAGUUCAAGCUCCAGAAUUAAAACUUACAACAGAAGAAAUGGUACUGCAACUUAUUCGUGAAAUGUUCAAACACAAAGUACUAGAGUUGUGCGCAUCGACGGCAGCAGUAAAAGAUAACAUAUCGAGCAUACUUACUACACAGGAUGUUGGUACUGCCACAAAACGCGCAUCACAAGAACAUCGUCGGCUUUUUGUUAGCAAAUCAACACGUUUCCAGUUAACUAAUAUUGGCCGUGCAGCUUUUAAAGCUGGCAUUGACUAUAAACGGACAUACGCAAUACACGCCGAGCUAAAAUUCGCACAAAAAAAACUAAUAUUGACGAACUAUGCACACCUCCUGUAUCUUGUGGUAGCUUUCAAUUCAAAUGUGAAGGGUGAUGAAUUAUUUCCCGCCGAUGCGGGUAUACUUUAUCGGCAAUAUAUGUCAUUAGAUGACACUACGCAGGAACUAUUCAAACUUCUUGGAUUUACUGAAUCGAAUGCAGUGAAAAUGGCAAGAACGUUGUCCGUUCAAGGGCCGCUUGAAUUGAAAUUGAAUCGUCUCUAUAAAGUGUUGGUUUUGAUUGACAUUUUAAAUUUAAAACCUCUGCAUAUAGUGGCGUCCCGAUACCAGGUAGAGCGGGGCAUGCUUCAGACCCUUAUUAAUCAGUCAAUUGCCGCGGCCAGUGCAAUUGUGCGACUCUGCGAACAGCUUGAUUACUUUUGGUGUUUCAAAGCACUCUUGGAGCGAAUAGGCGCAAAGUUGGAUCGAUGUGGUACAAUGGAAUUGGAACCGUUGCUAGAUCUACCGUCCGUUAAAAUUAAUCGUGCUAAACAACUCUAUAGGGCAGGUUUCAAGACAAUCGAAGCUAUAGCGAAAUGUAAACCCAUUCAAUUAUCGAGUUCGGUUGAGCAUAUGCCAAUGAAAAUAGCAAAAGAGAUUAUUUCGGCAGCAAAGAUUAUAUUAAUGAAGAAGUUAGACUAUCUCGAAGAAGAGGCUGAGGCACUAAAAAUGUGUCUGAAAUAGGAUAACGCUAGGAAUAUAGAU